AUGACUAGUUAUUGUGAUGAAUUACUUUAAUCAUUUAGGUGUCACGGCUUUAAUGGUUAGAUAGUGAUUAUUGCUGAUUAUAUCGGAAUGAAAAUGACAAAAUCGACAGUGACAAAAUCUUUUUGACACCAAAAGUCAAGAAACAAUCUUUAUAUAGGGGCAAAAUUUUGCACUUGUUUUCUCACUCUAUGUCUUUAUCUCACUCUAUGUCUUCGAGGAUUAUGAGGGCAAAUGAAAGGUUCUAUUGUGGAUGAACUGAUUGAGGAUGGACCGGAGAAGUUGGCUUUGGAGGAGGAAAUCAUCAGAGAAGAGUCCCACUGGGGAAACAGACAGCUCUGGAUCCAUAUCAUCGUAUUCCGAAAGAUUCUCUGAUGAUCAGGCACUUUUGAAUAAUAAUAUUCAGUCACCAGAAGUCACAUCUAAAGCUACUACUCCUAGCAUUGAAGAACUCCAUGAUAACAUGAAGGCUCUAUCAGAUAAACUCUCAGAGGCUCUUGUUAACCUCCGUGCAAAGGAGGACUUGGUGAAGCAGCAUGCUAAAGUGGCUGAGGAAGCUGUCUCAGGAUGGGAGAACGCUGAAGCUGAAGUACUAGUACUAAAAAGACGUGCUGAGGCACUAACCCAAGAAAACUUGGCGCUUGAAGAACGGGUUGGAAAUCUUGACAGCGCACUAAAAGAGUGUUUGAGACAGCUUCGACAAGCAAAAGAAGAACAAGAACAGAAGAUUAAUGAGGCUGUUGCGCAUAAAAUUGUUGAAUGGGAAUCAGCAAAAGCUGAACUUGAGAAUCAGCUUGUCAACCUUCAGACUAAACUUCAAAAUGCCGAAACAGAGGCUGUUACCUCUACGUUUCCUGAUCUUUGCAUUAAACUUGAAGCUGCAGAAAACAAAAAUGCAGUUCUCAAACUUGAGCUUCUUUCCAAAGACAAGGAAUUGAAACUGAGGACAUCUGAGAGGGAUCUCAUCGUCCAUGCUGCUGAAACAGCUAGUAAGCAACAUCUGGAGAGCAUCAAGAAGGUAGUUAGGCUUGAAGCAGAAUGCCGUAGGUUAAAGAUGCUGAACCGCAAAGGUGCAACUGUUAAUGAUCACAGAUCUUUAGCAUCCUUCACUGAUAGUCUAUCAGAUUGUGGGGAGAGGCUAUCAGCAGUUGACAAUGAGAGCUGCAAAAUGAGUGGUUUGGAGCUGAAUGAUUAUGAGCCAGGCCUGUCUGAUUUGAGUGCAUCUAUUUCAAUAUCAGAACUAGAUCAGUUUAAGAAUGAGAAACCUCUUGGAAGAAACUUCAUGGUCCCUUCUGACGAGCUGCAUCUCAUGAAUGAUUUUCUUGAAAUGGAGAGGCUUGCUGCUCUACCAGAAGCAGAGGAGGAAAGCUGCCCUGACUCUGGAAGUGACAAUAGGGUGAACAUUUUAAAAACUGAACUUGAAGCCAUGAUUAAUCGAACUGCGGAGCUGGAGGAAAAGUUGGAGAAGAUGGAAGAGGAGAAAGUUCAAUUAAAAAUGUCUCUAACUGAGUGUCAACAUCAACUUGAGGCAUCAAGAUAUCAAUUAGAGGAAACAGAGACAAAGUUGACAGAGUUAAGAAUUCAACUAGUUAUGGCAAAUGAAGGUAGGAGAACAGUUGAGGCUGAAGUUGAGUCUACCAACAAACAGCUUGAGAAAUUCAUGGAGGAGAUAGCAAAAGCAGAAGUUACUAUACUAGACCUCAAAUCUGAGUUAAGCAUGGCAAAUGAAGCAAAAAGUGCUGCUGAGAUGGACGUCAAGGCUACCAGUGAAAAACUUAUGAAAUCAACUAAACUUUUGGAGGAAACAGAGAUCAAUUUGUCUGAGGUUUCUGCUCAGCUAGCUAAUGCAAAUAAAUCAAACAAGAAGAGAGAGGCUGAACUUGAAGCCACAAACAUCAAGAAAGAAGUUGCAGAGUCAAGAGUCAAAGCUUUGGAACUUGAGCUUCAGAUGCUGCGAUCAAGCAUCUGUAAUUUGGAAGAAGAUAUUCAGAAAGAACGUGCUCUGUCAGAUGAAGCUUUUGCAAAUUGUCAGAAACUGAAUGCUGAGAUCUUACAAUUAAAAUAUAAAUCUCAGCUUUGGAAAGCAGCAACUACUGGAGAGGUCAAAAUAAAUCAGGAGAAGGAAUUAGCACUGGCAGCUAGUAAAUUUGCAGAGUGCCAAAAAACAAUUGCUUCUCUUGGUCAGCAGUUAAGUUCUCUUGCAAAAUUUGAAGAUUUCUUUAUUGAUUCAGGGAUACCAAUAGAGAUCAAUUAAAUAUGGACGGCAUACCCCGAAUGUUGCAAGAUGAUGGAUUUUCUUCAUGUAUAUAUCCGUCCUAAAAAGGACAUCACAAGCUUCGGUAGUGGUUAUGAUCUUCACAACAUCCCAAAAGAAUACCAUGAAUAAAGAGCGUGAGCUUUAUAUCUCUGAAGUUCCAGAAAGAAGCCCAAUCAACAAAAGGGAUACACAACACAUUCCAGGUACUUGAAUGUGAUUAAGAGCUGCGGCGGAAUUACUAAACUGGGAUUGUUGAAUGCAGGAGUUUUAGGUAGAAAUACUGGAAGUUGGAAACAUAGAGAUGUCUGAGUUGAUAGAGCUAUAUAUCAAUUUACUUAUCAUUGAUUAAAUGUUUAUACACGAGCCUUACACACAUACACCAACUUUUUGCUCUUGGACUUUUUGCAGGCUACAGAAGGUAAAUUAAUGUAUAGAAUACAAAUUAAUCGGUAACGUUUUGCUGUCAAAAGAAUGGUGUAUAAUAGUUUUUGUAUGUGCACUCUGUUGAAAUGGCUAGCUGCAAAUAGCAGCUUCAAGUCAUGUACUCUAGAUACCAUUGACCUCUUCUUUUGGGUUUCUUUCAAAUUACUGUGCCGGUUGAGUUAAUGUAUGAAAUAAUUAUAAUAUCAGAAAGAUGUCGAAUUCUACA